AUGAUUCGAGAAAGUGUGGAUAUGGAUGAACUCUCUGAUGGAGAAUAUGGCGAAGAGAAUAAUAAUGAAUUUAAUAUUGAGGAAGAUGGAGAAGGAGAGAAGAGAAAUAAAUUUACUAGGCUUGGGAUGAGUGGUGAUGAAUUUGAAACAAAUAGUGUUGAGGAUGAAGAGGAAACAACAAAUAGGGAGAGUGUUUUACGUUCAAGUAGUAGGAUGAGUGAGAGGAGACAAGUAAGGUUUGACCAUGCCUAUGACGAAGAUACUCGUCCUUUAUCUUCGUAUAGGGAUCGUACAAACAGCUCGGAAACAUCGAGACCUUCAUCAAAUCUUUCGAGCAGGUCUACUCUGAGUGGAGUAGAUAAGGAAACAAGUCAACAAAUAACAACAGCCCUUCAGUCAGUAAUUAAAAAAUUAGGAAAAGUAAUGAUUAGGGAUAGAUUGAAACGUAAGAUUGAUGCCAACUCCCCCCUUGAUUUGGAAUCCAUAAAAAUUGCCAUUAAGUUCUUUGAGGAAGAAGAAAAGGACUAUGGGGAAAGAAGUAAAGAUUGGUUAACUCUGGAAAGUGUCUCUCAGAUGUAUGAUCUAGUUUUAAAGACCAGAAUCCUUCAACCAAAUGGAUUAGUCAAUAUUGACAGACUUAAAACAAUUCUUGGAAAUAGGGUUGCCAUACAACCAAAAAUAUUGGAAGUUCUUAUUGAAAAGUCUAGGUCUAUGGAGAAUGAAUCUGCAAUUGAGUACAACAAAUUCAUUAUUUAUUGCAUCACCCUUACAGCCCAUUCAUUGUUUACAGUACUAGAGAAUGCCUUAUCACUUUUUUGUUGCUCGGGCUCUGUGACAAUUCACCACCAGAACGAAGAUGACAUCCUGGCAGUGGACGAUUUUAUUUAUUGUAUAAAGUUUUUGGCUGACGAAGAAAGACGAAGUGAAAAUAAUGAGGUAGCUCAAGAAUUAGUAAUGAUGAUUGAUGAGCUGAAAGAUUUGGCCAAAACAGAACCAGUUGUGACGAGAGGAAUGGUUGUUCUUAGUAUUUCUUGGCAACAAUUAUUAGAAAGUGAAUCAGCUAAAGUUGGAGGGAUUGAAAAUGUGUAA